GCAAACUGUUACUUUAGAUCGUUGAUGAUAUGUAUAUUUUCAGGGUCAAGGUCAGUCACACAUCUCUUACGUUGCAUCUCUUGGUCCUACGGCAACCACUAUGAAUCAUUUUGAAACAUUUUGGGAGAUGGUUUGGCAAGAGAAUUCAAAUAAAAUUGUUAUGUUGACGAAUUUGGAGGAGUCUAAGAAAAUGAAGUGCGAACAAUACUGGCCAAACAGAAGAAGACGCAAUAUCUAUGGAGAUAUUACAGUGACUUCCAUUGCUGAGAAGGUGUUUUCGGACUUUGUCGUUCGAGAGUUUACCGUAGAUCAGAAUUCCGAAACACGAAAAGUAACACAAUAUCAUUACACAGCGUGGCCAGACAAAUCUGUUCCACAUACUGUCGCAUCAUUGAUAGAAUUCAGAGACAAAGUAGAACAGGGACAACUACCACUAACGGGCCGAAUGAUAGUACAUUGCAGUGCUGGUAUUGGACGUACGGGGACAUACAUGGCUCUUGACAUUUUGAUUAGAGAAGGCAAGGAAGAAGACUUUGUUGAUAUUUUCGGAUGUGUGAUAGCUCUACGUGGACAAAGAGUUAACCUUGUGCAGAAUGUAGAACAAUACAUUUUUCUUCAUCAUUGUGUUCUGUAUGCUCUGACAUGUGAGACUGACAUAUUUCCUGUCACUGCGAUUCCACAUGCCUUUACAGAUGAGAAAAAAUCGACACAACAUCAGUCGUUUCAGAAUGUGCAGACAUUAACAAACAAAAAUAAAUUGCUGAGGAUGCAACUCAAAAGCAGAAAAGAAAACAGAAAAGGGGCGGACAUCCAUGAUGAUGAACAUCGAGUUCGGCUGACAUUGACCAAACAUGACUACAUAAAUGCUGUCUACGUUAAUGGAUAUGAAAAAAUGGACAAGUUUAUCCUCGCACAGACACCUUUGCCUAACACAGUUGAAGAUUUCGUGUCCAUGUUAUACCAAGAAAGGUGUUCCAGUAUUGUCUGUCUGGACGAGGAAAAUAUAAAGGAUAAAACAGUUGUCCAGUAUAUUCCUCCGGCCAACAAAGUGUCAACAUUUGGCCAUUUUCAAGUAUCAUGCACAAGAAGUGAUCCAAGGGAAGAUUUCACUAUUCGAGAGUUGAAAAUCUCGCAAAUUGGUUCGCCGCCUGCAAAAGAUUUUAGUGUACGACACUACCAGUUUAAAGGUUGGAAAAGCUCAGACAUUGUUCCAAAGAAAAUAUCUUCAUUCUUGAAUACAGUCAUAGACGUUGAAAAAGCAAGAAAAGGUUCACACUCACAACAACCUAUUGUAGUGCAUUGCUUGACUGGGUCUGACAGAAGUGGCCUUUUCUGUGUAGUGUCAGUACUGCUAGAAAAGAUGGCUAUUGAGGACGAACUGAGUGUGCUCAACACAAUAUGUCAAGUUCGCUCAAGAAGGAGGUCUGCUAUUCAGGCAAUUGAACAGCUACAGUUCUGUUACAACUGUAUUCAAGAAAUGUUUGAGAUGCCAGACACAAACACAUACUGCAAUAUCAGCAAUAUCUAAAUAUAGAAUCAUAAACAAUUAGUAUGAGUUUAAUACAGUUUGCAGUUCAAGAAACAAUUUGAUUGUGUUUUAGUAUAAGACGCAAGUUUUAAACAUAGUUUGAUGAUUCAAAGUGCGCACGGGGCAUGAAAACAUUCGACAGUUAUGCUCUUUCUAUAAUUAUAUGUUUUUUUAGGUUCGCUUUUUGUCUUCAUGCUUUUAUUCUUUAAUUUUAGUUCAUGUUUCAAGCUUUGUAUAUUCGAAUGGUUUUUACGUCUAACUGAUAUAGGAUUCCGGGUAUAAACAAAGCAUUUACAUUUAUCUGAUAGCAUUGUAUAUAGAGGUUAUAUAGACUUUUUUUAUCCUUUUCGAUCAAGGAAUUCCUUCUGCAUUAAAGUAUUCCGCUGACGUCGGAGCUAGGUUCGUGUGGGUGUUGCAUAUAUUUGUUUGCCUCUGGUGAACAGACUCACACCAGCCGAGUCUAGUAUUAUUUUGUUCGGUUGUUGUUAAAGGUAUUACUAGAAAAAAAACAGAUCAACAAACUUUAAACAAUAACAAACUUUAUUCAAAGCAAUUUACUAGUACAAUACCUGAAGCAACAUUCUAAAAUUAAUUAAAUAAGCACUGACUAUACAGAAUGAUUAAAUUAGUAUAAGCUUAGUACAGUGAAUAAGUUAAACGAACAAUUUCAUCGGGUUAUUUAAUUCAGAAUAGGCCCACAAAAUGAAAACAUUGAUUUUAUUGAUUUAUAAUAUUUAUAUCUCCAUUUCAUUUGUCUUUUAAUCGCUUUUGUCUUCUUGUCGUUUUAAUAUGUGUUGCGUAUGUUUUCUUGUUUGUUGUAAGCGUUUUUCCUCCGCCCCACUCCCCCUUUUGCCCUCUCCUUUCCCUUGCAUUUACGCUACUUUUUGCAUCCCAUCCCCUUUACUUUUAUUAAGGUUUCGUGGCUCCUCUUUAUUUUGGCAACCGAAUCCCGGGACGGUACUUGAUUGUUUUUUCCUACUUGUGUGGGUGCGUUUGUAAGCUUGUGGGUCUAUAACGGUGCCCUACUGUUUUCUUACGUGUUGCUUGUUCGUUUUUCUAAUAUGUUCUUCAGUUGGUCGUCGUUGUUUGAUUGUCUUUUGUACAUGAGUGUCUGCGCUAUUGUGGUUAAUGUUGUAGUGCGAGUGUUUUUAAUUUAAAAGAACAUGGCAUUCCCUUGUAUAUUUGUCCUUGUUCAACUGUCCCCUUCGGAAUCCUCCCCAACCCCCGACCCCAUUUCGCCCCUUACCAUUUCCUUCCCCUUUAUCAAUAUUUAGCUUAUAUUAAUAUGUACUUGUUGGAUGUUUGAAGCAACCCGUCUGAAAUAUUUUUCCAUUACAGCUUCUUUUUGUUGUGGGCCUACUAUGUAAAUGCGUGGCUCUGGGGCUGUGUUUUUGGUGCUCUGUGCUUCCAAGAAAUCUACCCUUACCUAUUAUCUUUUUUAAUAUAGAAUCAUUUCUAAUGUUACGUAUAAUCUAAAUGGCUUUAUUACGUUCGUUUUAUACAAGCUUGCUUCUAGAUACAAAUAAAGCGUUAUGAGAUAACAUGUAGUCAGAUGUUUAAACAAUUACAAAAUUUAAGAAAUCUACAAAUGCUACAUUACUACAAAACAACGACUUAAAACUUAUUAUAUAAGCACUGAAUAAAAAUCUUCACAGAUGCUGAAUAUUUUUACUUUUCAUAAGUUCAACAAGGAUUUGUGCAAACCAAACAGCUUUUAUUAAUACAAAAAUUAACCCAUUG